UACAACUUUCCAUAGAACAAAUUUACAUCGCCCAUGAUGCAUCAGUAAACAUGUCUGCGCCCAUAGGAAACGAUUCUCGUGGUUGUGGGGACACGAUAUUGCAGCCUGUUUGUGAAAUGAGCACUGCUACAACUAAAUGUUCUACUUCUAAAGACCUGCUUCACAUAGGAGGAUCAAAUCCUGAUUUCCUAGUUAUAUCUAAGAAGUCAGCACAGCCAGUAAAGAAUGGAUUAAAAACAUACAGGACAGAGCCAUCUUCAGUUUUGAGCAGGGUCAAAUCCUUUCUGCCAAAAAUGGAGGAAGCCCAACUUCAAAUUCAGGAAAUUCUGAAAAGCAAUCCAGAAAAGCUAGAUAUUGAACACAUUGAUGAUGCUGAAGCCCAAGUUAUAGAAAUGAACCUUGCUCUUGUGGAACAAGAAGAGUCAUCAGACACAAGUUCAGAUGAAAACGAAGCAGAAACUGUGAGUGAUAGUGACACUGAUAUUGAAUUUCCAUGCAGUUCAGUGACUGAGAAAAACAUUAAGUUAUCUAAAAAUAGACGGAGAGGCAAUAGGUGCAAAAUUGAAGAAGUUGGGGAGACAUCUAGUGAGAAUGAUAAACAGCAGACUGAGAUGGAAAGGUAGUAGUUUAUUUAGGAAACGGUGUAUCCUUCACAAUAUUUCCUAGCUAGUCUGUGAUGUUGGCAACCUGCUUUGAGGAAACUGAACUGCUAGAUUUGGCAUCAGCCUGUGACAAAGAUUGUGUUACAGUACUAGUACUCAGUGGCAAGUCACUGGACAGCCCAGUCAAAUAUAUAAGCAGUUGUUUUGAAUUAAUUUUCUUUCAUAUAUAGAUUUUAUCUUCAAUUUUCUGAAUUUAUCAAACCUUUAUCAUCAUGUUUGACCUUAUCAAAAAUUAUUGUGAAAGAGAAAUGGCCCCACAUGGCACUCUCUUUGAUGGCUGUUCUGUAUUUGUUUCAUUUUAUUUGAUAAUUAUUUGUAAAAUGUGUCAGAUUCUGCAUUUAUUUGUUUUACUGGGAAUCUGGUAAUACACUUUAAGCAGCUGCUGUUUUUUUUAAAACAAUUUUCCUUUUUUAUGUUGAAGGUGUGCUACAGACUACUGAAGGAGGUAGUCUACACUUAUUAGGUUUCGUUGGAGUCUUCCAAUGAAACCAAAUGUGGACAAUACAGAAGUUUAAUUUCACUUGAAUGAUACAUUUGACCAAAAAUUGAGUCAUUUUGUUACUUUCAUAUCUAAUGUUUUGUUGUAUUAAAAUAAACAUUGUGAAAUCAGUACAAUUACAGGAAAGUGAUGUCUGUUUUUGCCUUAAAAAGGUCAGUAUCUUGUAGUUGAGUAUAAUUAUAAAUUUCAACCAUGAGAACCAAGUUUUUUGAUCAGCCAUAUUAGUAUGUUGCCUGGUCUGAGUUUGUCUUGAGUAUGUAUUUUGCUUGUUCUUAAGGUGGUAUACUUACAGUCAGCUUCAAGUUGAUCAGGUAAUAACACUCUCAAAUAGUUAUCUUUAAGAUGUUAAUAUAAUUAUAUUAAAUAAUGAAAUAUCAAA